GUUUAGUGCAAGAUAAUCUCCAGUAAAGUCCGAUUAAAGAUAGUUCGAGGGUCUCCAAUGAGGUAGAUGGCCGGUCAGGAUCGCUCUCUGGUUGGUGAGGGGAUGGCUCAGUUGCCUGAUAACAGAUAGGACGAAACUGUCCCUGAACCUGGUUCUAGAGGUGAAGGAGCAGAAAAUACAGAGCAAUGGUUGCUUCUAAAAUAUGUUGAUGUCUUGCCAGAGAUACUCCAUGAACACUUCCAGACAGUUGUCUGUGCUUGUUCGAAAUUAACUUUGUUCCUACCCUCAAGCCAGUCUUCUUUGAAAGCCAAUUUUAAUCAACCUUGCAGCACAUAACAUUAACUUGGUAAAGAUAUCUACAAAACAGGAACCAGAAGCCCAUUUGUCUGACUCUGCCAAUCCAACUGCACCAUGUCAGCAUACAGUAUAUGACUUUGUAUGUUGACCCCAUCAGAAUAUCUAGGAUUAGGUCAGGAUAACACUGGUCAGACAGCUGCAUCUUGCAUUAUGAAUGAUGGCUCUUAGAGUGGUGGGGGACUGAGCAAGGAUAAAGAGUGAUCUUUAAAAAUGUCAUCCGUCUAUCGUCAACCUGCACGCAAUACUUGAGAACAAUACGCAGCCACAAAGAGCUGCUGAUGCUGGAAUCUUGAGCAGAACACGAAGUGCUGGAGUAACUCAGCAGGUCAGGCAGCAUCUGUGGAGGAAAUGAAGAGGCAACAUUUUUGAUUGAGACCCAAGUCUGAAGGGUCCCGACACGAAACGUCGCCUGUCCAUUCCCUCAACAAAUGCUGCUGAUCCGCUGAAAUACUGCAUCAUUUUGUGUUUUGCUUAAUACUUGACAACGCUUGUGAAAAUUCAAUGAGAUCUAAAUUAACUUAAUAUUCACCUUUCGCCUUUACAGCCAUUCCUCUCCCUUCAAAUAAAUGGUGUAAUUUAGAACGGGCUCGCCAGGCAGAUUUCUUCAUCAGGUCCUCACAGUGAACUUGCAAACCUGCCAGUGGAGUCCAUGAGAAGUCCAAUAUUGGAAUCCAGUCAGAAAAUCACUGGCAAAGAGUGACCUGUGCAUUCUAGUGGGACUCCUGCACUUGGUGGUAAUUCUGUAUAAGAUUCAAUUCAAUGUAGCAAAGUUGAUCCACAUCUUCAAUUAGUUUGCGCGCGUGACCGAGCGCCGGUGGACGAGCGUGGCUGCGGCGGCGGCGCGCGCGGAGAUGUCCGGCAAUCGGGGCGGCGCGUGGACCAGAGCCUGGGAGCUCGCGCCACCCCGGCGCUGCAGAGCAUUUAAAGGAAGCACGCUGCAUGCAGCGCGCCAAGCCCAAGUCUAAACACAUUUUAUAUAUAUAUAAACUACAGAGGACCUAAAUGGCUUUUUCAAUCACUUAUCUGGCCCUCUUGAUAAGUUGGAAUAUUGUCUCCGCGCAGACCUAUCACUGCCCCAAGAUCUGCCGCUGUUCCACUCAGUUUGUAAAAUGCACAAAGAAAACUGCAGCCGGUGUCCCAGCUGCGAUUUUACGCAGCUACUCCAGCCUGAGGUUUACUCAUCUACCACUGAGAAAGAUCCAAAGACAUUCUUUUGAAGGACUUAGCAAUAUUAUAAGAAUUGAUAUUUCUCAGAGUGAUUCCUUGGAGAGAAUUGAGACUCAAGCUUUUGUUGAUCUUAAGGACUUGAUGGAACUUUCAAUUCAGAAUACAAAGCACCUGGUGAAAAUUGACCAAGAAGCUUUCAGCAAUCUACCACAGCUAAGAUACUUGAGCAUUUGCAAUACUGGAGUAGGACUCUUUCCUGAUCUGACGCACAUCCACUCUAUUGCAUCCAGUUUUAUUCUGGAAAUAUGUGACAACCUGCGUCUUCUAUCAAUCCCAGAAAAUGCAUUUCAAGGAAUGAACAAUGAAUCCUUAACAUUGAAGCUGUAUAAAAAUGGAUUUGAAGAGGUGCAGAGCCAUGCAUUCAAUGCAACAAAGCUGGAUAAGUUGGAACUUAAUGAUAAUAAAAACCUAAGAAUUAUACACAACGAUGCUUUCAAUGGAGCUAUUGGACCAGAUGUAUUAGAUGUUUCUUCAACAGCACUUGAGUAUCUUCCAUCUAAUGGGUUGGAGUUCAUUCAAAAACUUACUGCACGCUUUACGUACUCACUGAAACGAUUCCCAUCACUGGAAAAGUUUGUUAAUUUGAUAGAAGCAAAUUUGACAUACCCCAGCCACUGCUGCGCCUUCAAAAACUGGGAGAAAUCGAAUGGGCAGAAUUCCAUACCCAUGCUUUUAUACAACUUUUCGAAGUUUUGUGAAGCUCAAACAAGAAAAGUAACCACAGAUCAGGACUUCAUCACCAGCUAUGAACAGAAUAAAAUAUAUUUUGGGGAUGACUAUUCUAAUCCACCAUCACAGCAUCUGGGUCAGCAAAGCAGGCAGAAUUUGUCUGCUGGAAUGAAGAAAUACCCUUCCUCACAGAAUGCAUCACAUUCUCCAGACAAUAAUCUUGAUAAUGAAUAUGAACAUUUAGAAGAUAUUUACGAAAACGCAGUAUCAUUUGAUUAUGGAUUUUGCCAUGCCAAGGUAGAUCUUGUUUGUACUCCAGAACCAGAUGCCUUCAAUCCAUGCGAGGAUAUAAUGGGAUAUAACGUUCUCAGAGUUCUAAUAUGGUUCAUCAACAUCCUUGCUAUUUUGGGUAACUUUGCUGUUUUUAUUGUUUUGGUGGUAAGUCAGAAUAAGCUCACAGUCCCACGGUUCCUCAUGUGCAAUCUUGCUCUUGCAGACCUUUGUAUGGGUCUCUAUUUGCUACUCAUUGCCUCUGUUGAUCUGAGCACCAAGAGUCAGUAUUACAACUAUGCAAUAGACUGGCAGACUGGUGCAGGAUGUGCUAGUGCUGGUUUCUUCACUGUUUUUGCAAGUGAGCUCUCUGUGUAUACUCUGAUGGUGAUCACCUUUGAAAGGUGGCAUACAAUUACCCACGCCAUGCAAUUAGACAGAAAGAUACGUUUGAGACAUGCUGUGGCACUCAUGGUUGGAGGCUGGGUGUUCUCUCUUGUUGUAGCAACACUGCCACUUGUAGGAAUUAGCAAUUACAUGAAAGUUAGCAUUUGUUUGCCCAUGGAUAUAGAAACUCCAGUAUCCCAGGGUUAUGUUAUAUUCUUGUUGGCAUUGAAUGUUCUAGCCUUUAUUAUCAUUUGUGUAUGUUAUAUUAAAAUAUAUUUAGCUGUGAAAAAUCCUGACUUUGUUUCUAAAAAUAGUGACACAAAGAUUGCCAAACGAAUGGCAAUACUAAUCUUUACAGAUUUUGUGUGUAUGGCUCCUAUAUCAUUUUUUGCUAUUUCAGCAGCUUUUAAGUCUCCACUUAUUACAGUUACUAAUGCUAAAAUUCUGUUGGUAUUGUUUUACCCACUGAACUCUUGUGCUAAUCCAUUCCUUUACGCAAUCUUUACAAAAGCAUUCAGAAGGGAUUUCUUCAUUUUGUUGAGUAAGUUUGGCUAUUGUGAAAUACAGGCACAAAUUUAUAAAACAGACAAUUCAAACUCAAGGAGUGGCACCAAAGAAAGUUUAGGUGCAGUUGUCAAGCUGGCAACAUUUCAUGAUGAGCAAUUCCCAGUCAACACAACGGAUAAAUAUCCUCACAAAGAAUGCUGACACAUUUCAUAGUUUACAGUCUUGACUACAGAAGGUGCCACAUCCACAGGUCUCAGCAGCAAUGCAUUACCUCUCCUGGGUGUCCAUUUUGGCAAAUGUGAACCCAAGACCUAAAUAUUGGUACACUAGUGAAGGAUGCCAAAACUGAUGCAGCAAACAGAGGAAGGUACCCUGGUUGAUUUUUCAGUUCCUAGCCCAGGAGACAAGUUGCCACAUGACAGAGAAGAGUUAACAGCUUCAACCAAAGAUCAAGCAUUUGAAUCCCGUGAAAUUGCUAAUAGACUUGUCCCCAAUUGAGCAGCAAAAAUAAAAUCUAUGUAAUGGGUUUUACCUGGCAAAACAAUGGAUGAACAUUUUUACUGGAAAAAUAAAAGAACAAAAAUAAGUAAAUUAUUUUUCAUCCAUAUUAUUUUAGUGCACUUUAUGCUUGGAAAGGUUCCCCGAUUUAGGAAGCAGUUUAAUGAGUGGUUGCAUCAACAACAUUAAUUAUCUUGUCCAGCUACCAUGGGAAAGGAAUCUGUCAGAUUUGAAGGUCAUUGGUUAUCUGCAUGGCAAGUUCGUGGAUGGAAAGUUCAGUCAGCAGUCCUGCACGGGGAUGGAAAUUUGGGACAAGAUUCAGGCCAUCCAGACAAUGGUUCUACCGACUUUGUGAAUAAAGUGGAUGGGGACUCUAUGAUUAGUUUAGUUUAAAGGCACAGCAUGGAAACAGGUUCUUCAGCCAACCAAGUCAAUGACUAGCAUCAUCUCUACCAUACCAAUUCUAUGUUAUCCCAUGUACGUAUCUACACACCGGGGACAAAUUACAGAUGCCAAUUAACUUACACACACGCAUGACAUUGGGAUGUGGGUGGUAUCCGGAGCACCUGUAGGAAACCCACAGGGAGAACAUGAUGCAAUAGGAUUCCAAUUUGCAGAAAUGUGUUCAGCUCCUGUGCGACUCAGGCAAACAACGGUUUCCUCGAUAUCCUGCAGCUCCACUCUUGCUCCCCCUCCCCCCCAGUCGUAACAGGGACAGAGUCCCCUUUGUCCCCACCUUCCACCUCAUCGGUCAUCGCAUACAGCACAUAAUCCUCUGACAUUUUCGCCACCUUCAACGGGAUUCCACCACUAGCCACAUCUUCCCAUCUCCACCCCUUUCCGCAGGGACCGUUCCCUCCGCCACUCCCUGGUCAACUCGUCCCUUGCCAUCUAAACCACCCCCUUCCUAGGUACUUUCCCCUGCAACUGCAGGAGAUGCAACACCUUUCCCUUUACCUCCACCUCCAACCUCGACUCCGUCCAAGAACCCCAACAGUCCUUUCAGGUGAGGCAGAGGUUCACAUGCACCUCCUCCAACCUCAUCUACCGUAUCCGUUGUUCCAGGUGUGGACGCCUAUAUAUCAGCGAGACCAAGCGCAGGAUCGGCGAUCGUUUCGCUGAACACUUCCGCUCAGUCCGCCUAAACCUACCUGAUCUCCUGGUUGCUAAACACUUUAACUCUCCCUCACAUUCCCACAUUGACCUUUCUCUCCUGGGCCUCCUCCAUUGUCAGAGUAAGGCCCAGUGCAAAUUGGAGGAACACCUCAUAAUUCGCUUGGGCAACUUACACCCCAGCUAUAUGAAUAUUGACUUCUCUAACUUCAAGUAACCGUUGCUUUCCCCCUCUCCAUCCCUCCCCCUUCCCAGUUCUUCGACCAGUCUUACUGUCUCCGACAAUAUUUUAUCUCUGCUUUGUUGUUACCUUCUCCCAGCUAACAAUGAUCUAUAUUUUCCUUGCUCUCCAUUCCCUUUGCCCUGUUUUCACACCUUCACACUUCCUUAUCUAUGUAUCUCCCUCGCCCCUGACAUCAGUCUGAAGAAGAGUCUCGACCCGAAACGUCAUCCAUUCCUUCUCCACAGAGAUGCUGCCUGUCCUGCUGAGUUACUCCAGCAUUUUGUGUUUAUCUUCAGCAUAUCUGGCAAACAAGACUGUUACCCCAAGACUAUGAUCACUCUUGUAAACUUGAAAGCAUGCAAAUCCAGGACUGUCAGUAUACUAUGCUCACCUCUUUGCCUCCUCUACCCAUGUGAUAUUCUUCAGUCCUUUAGAAUGGCAUUGCCAAACACCCUCAACUUUGACUUCCUGCAUAUUACUGACUCCCUUUGCUCCACCAUCGGUCUUCAGCUGCUCAGAUGCAAAUUUCUACGAUUUUCUCUUUGAACCUGUCCAUUUUUAAACUGCUUCUUAAAAUCAACCCCAUUGAUGAAGAUUUAUUGCACUGCCUCAAUGUGUGGUUUAAAAUAGUGUCUGCAAAAUCAGGCACUAAAGGAGACUUGGGAGAGAAGAGAAUAGGGAUGCUAAAAUUACAUACAAUUUUUUCAUUUGCAUUUUCAACCAUUGUCAGAGUAAGGCCCAGUUUAAAUAAUAUUGCAUUUUCAUUGUGAAAUGACUUUGUAAAGAUUAAAGUGCAUUUGUGUUUUCUCUUGGUGUUUUCCUUCUAUAAACAAUGAAGGAGGGCUGGAAUAGUUUACCCUCGAUCCACAUUGACAAGACGUGGUUCCUGCAGUUGUCAGUAACAUGUAAUUCCAUGGUUUUUAGAACCUCAAGUGAUAAAAAAUCUUCUCCAGUGGUCAGAGUCGUGAAAGUGCAAAUGAACCUCAUGGAGUAAGAGAUUAGAGUCAUAAAGUACAGAAACAGUCCCUUUGGCCCAAUUUGUCCAUGUCGAACAAGCCCCAUCUACACUAGUCUCGCCUGCCUACUAUCUUUCUAGAUCUUUCCUAUCCAUGUACUUGUCCAAAUGCAUUUUAAAUGAUGUUAUACUACCUGCCUCAACUACCUCCUCUGGCAACUCGUUCUAUAUACCCACCACACUGAGUGGAAAAAGCCCCUUAGGUCUCUAUUAAAUCUUUACCCUCUCAUCUUAAACCCUAUCUCCAAUGGUUCUUGAUUCUCCUACUCUUGGUAAAAUACUGCAAUUAACCUAUCUAUUCCCCUCAUGAUUUUACACCUUUAAGAUCACACUCCAAGGAAUAAAGUGCUAGCCUGCCCAACCUCUUCUGAUACCUCAAGCCUUCAAGUCCUGGCAGAUUUAAUUCCCAGUGCAAUGUGAGUUUGGUGUAGUCAAUAGAAAUAGCAAUACAGUUGUUAUUGUUCUCUUUUCACCUUUUUCUCUGCACAGAGAGCUCGAGAUUAGUCUUAGAUUGAGGAAAAUACAGGAAGACGAUACUGAAUUUGGAUGAAGCUAUAUGAUCAUAUUGAAUGACAGCAGAUUCCAAGGACAAAUGGUCUACUACUAGACUCAAUUUUCAUUGCCAGCUGGAAACAUACCUGAAUGGAUGAGAAUUCAGAUAACUUAAUUUUUAUGCACUGAUGCUCCAACAUUGUGUCAGCUAAUGAGUUUGAGAUGCAGCAGGUUUAAAAAUCAAUGGAAGCAAUGGCACUUUACUGAAAAACAAGGUUAUUUAAAACACAGCAAGGACACAAACUACAUAAAUAUUCCCAACAAAAGUGGUCAAAAUGUUUCAGUUGGAUGUAAAUUAUAGGCAUUUACAGUACAGUGCCAUCUCAGUAGUCACCAAACCUGUUCAGCAGAAUAAUUGUAUAACAAACCUUAUUCAUGCUGUCCUUACCUUCCACCUCAUCGGUCGUCGCAUACAGCACAUGUGACAGCACAAGAGCAAUGUGCAUUAAAUAAUAUGGAGACAGUGGGGGUGAGGUGGGACAAGAAGAACAAAAGAAAUGUAGUGGGAGAGAAGAAAAGAGAUUCAGGGAGAAUAGGUUACAGAAUGUUCAGCAUUCAAACGAGCCCUCUUCAGCACCCUGGUCACACCCAACCCUUUUAGCAAUUUAUUACUUGAAAAGCAAAAGACUGUAGAUACUUCAAAUCCAAAUUAAAGAAAACAACUCAGCACAUUAGGUAGCUUCAAUGUUUCAGCUCAAUAACAUUUUUCUUGAUUUCUAAAGUACUGUUGAUCUGAAACAUUAGUUCCGUUUUUCUCUUCACAGGCGUUGCCCAAGUUUGGUAAAUGCUCACAGGUCUGCUUAUAUAUUUCAAAAAGCUUGGGCACUUUAUGUCAUUGCCAUAUUUGUGUGGGCCAUCUCUAUCAAUAUUUAUUUUUUCGUUCAAUCGAAUACUGGGACUUCUGAUACUCAAAAGAACUGUCAAAGAGCUCACAGGGAUAUUUAAGUAAAUUGCCAGAUGAGGACCAAAGUAAAAAUCAGUUCUUCAUGUCCACCAGCGCCACCUAAAUACAUAUGUCUUUGAAUACAAGAGUUCCAAAUAUCACAAACAGGGAUGACACCAUUAUAAGAGCAGCUUUUUUGUCUUAAUUUUUUCCAUCAUUAGAGUUGAUCAUUAUUCACACUGACUUUCAUUUAAGAUUAUGGAGAAUGCCUUUCAAGAACCUACAGAAAUGUUACCAGGUGCUAAUGGAUUAGUCACAGUUUUCUAUGAGCAUAAAUAAUGAGAACCCUAUUACAAUUUACCAUCACCUUGUGUUUGCUGAAUAUAGAACUCUAAACACAUACUAAAAUGGAGCAUUGUUGUAAGAAUGUGAACAUCAUUCAACUGAGGAAAUAACAUCAUGGAAGUGAUGUAAUCCAUUCCAUAUUAUGUGGUAGUACUAUUUAAUGAAAUAUUGUAGAUGCGUAUAGUUUGGAAUGAGAGCCAGCCAGAACAUGUCAAGUGUGUUGAAUGAUAAGUAUUAAGCAGUUGUUACAGCUGUUCUAUGCAGGUGUACCCGUGUCCUUCAUUCACUUUUGACAUGAUUUAUAAAUGUUUUUUCACUAUGUGAAGGUCACACAUUUGCAAGAAAAACAAAAUCCUGAUAAAUAAUCAAUUGAUAUCAGAUUAAUGAAACAUUCCAAGGUGGUCAAUUAACUGAGAUUAUAACUGAUGAAUUUGCAGUUGCCUUUGAAGGAACAUUUAUUCAGAUUGUGCAGGAUUAUAAUAUUUGUUGAACAGAAUUAUAAAUAAAUCAUAAAUGUCACCAUGUUUUAAAGUGGACAUUGUACAUAUUCAGUCUUGUAUCAUUACUGUUUCCUGCAGUGAAUCUAUAACCACCAACAAAAUGUAUGUUUGUGCAUUUUAAGGAAAUGUAGAUUAUGGGGAUUCAUGUAUUGGAAUUUGUUGCUUUUUGUGAAAUUCAUGAAAAGAUUUAGAAAAUAGACUUAUUGUGCCAUUUUAAAGCAAAAUAAUUUUGCCACGAUUCAUUAAGUAUCAGACUUGUGUAUUAAAAUGUUAAUGAAGCAAUUAAUGUGACUUUUUUAAUUUUUUUUUAUAAAAGCUGGACAAACCAAUUUAUAGGACAUCAUGGAUGACUGAACAUGUCAGACUGAGGUAGCGAAGAUCAAUUGUCAAAUUGCUGAAAUAAUGGUGGACUUCAUGGCAUCACCAUACGAUUAAUCAGUCAGAAAUUGGAGCUCUCUUAAACACAACCAAUGAGUUAUCAGCAUUAAUGGCGUUUCUUAUUGACAGCGUUCUGCUAGGUAUAGGGUAGAAAACUCAUCCAAGUUAUUCACGAGUCAGUUGACAUCCCUUUCAAACUAGGGAGUGUAACCAUUCAAAAUAGAACAGUGAAAGUUCUUUAAUUAUCAGCAAAGGCAUCCUCUAGAUAUUAUUCCAUCUCAAAAUGUCCAAUUCAAUUUGUGAGCAAUUUGUAAAGCACAGCAGCAUAAUCAUUGUUACCUCUGCAAAAUUGGUACUGCAAAAUCUAUAAUGUUAAUUAAAGCUUUAAAAUUUAUUGCUCAGGAUCCGAGUCAACAACAGGGAGGAUGUUUUCAACAAAUUAGUGUUUAAGCAAUAAAACUAAACAGCAUUGCAAAAGGAUACCAUAUCAGAAUUCCACUUCAUUUUAAGGGGCCAAGAAAAAGUCUGGUGGCUUUUGCAACUAUUUCCAGAGGGAAGUUAUAAAGGGGUUAAUCGAUAAGAUAAACAAAUUCACUUCCUUUUCUGAGUUCUAAAGGCUGUUCGUUACCCUAAUAACUUUGUCCAAUUUGGUAGACUGGACAUCAUAGAUAAGAGUUGAAAUACUGUACUAACUUUCGUCAUGGCUAAUCCCACUGCAUGUGUUCAUGCCAUUAUCCUAGUCUAAAGCAACCAAGGAGCCCUAUUUAUGAUCAAGUCUGUUGAACAUAAUAAAUGGUUGGGACGGAAAAUGGAACAACAAUGACAGAGCAGGGGCCUGAUAUGACGACUUUAUGGUCUAGCCUAAUGUUUGUGUAAU